AUGAAGAAGCUCUUAAACAUCCUGGCAGCUGGCUUCUUCGGCUUUGCCGUCCAGGCCACAGUGCCGUCCAACGGCACUGCCGAGGCCAGGUUGGCACAGAUCAAGGAGCUUCUCACGCAUCAGCUCUCCGAAAACGCCACGAUUGUCUUUCCCGACUCCGAGAAAUGGUAUGACGUUACCCAUCGUGCUGCUGCUCCCCGCGUCAACCCGGGCUAUCUCGCCGUUGUCGACAUCAAAGUCGCGAACGAGAUCGGACUCCCGUUCCUGGCCGUCACCGGCACCCACGGCUGGACCGACGAUAUCAGCAAGAUCCAGGAUGGAAUUCAGAUCCGCAUGCGUGGCCUCAACCACGUCGGUCUCGGUCCCAACAAUGACACCGCAUAUGCCGGCGGCGGUGUCCUCCAAUACGAAGUCGUCCAGGCCCUGUAUCCGUAUGGAAAACAAGCUGUCCACGGUCUCUGCGAGUGCGUCUCCAUCCUGGGUCCUCUCCUGGGUGGUGGCCACAGCGUGCUUCAGGGUGACCACGGUUUCGCUGCCGAUAGCUUGGUCUCGGCCAAGGUCGCUCUCCACAACGGUACUGUUGUCACUGCCUCGGCCACUGAAAACGAAGAUCUCUUCUGGGGCCUUCGUGGUGCUGGUCACAACUUGGGUAUUGUCCUUGAAUUCGAGGUCAAGGUUUACGACAUCCAUCCGGAUCCAUGGACCUUUAUGACCCUGGUCUAUGAGGCCGAUAGGAUUGAAGAGUACUUCGAAGCCUGGAACGAGCUCGAGGACACUAUAGCCGAUCCAGGCCUGGUUGUCCUGAACGGUUACUACCGCAACUUGCCCGAGAUCAACGCUGAAAAGCCUGUUCUAGUCAUGGAGCUCAUCUACCAGGGUUACGAUACUGCCGCUCCCCAGUACAUUCAGGCCUACCGUGCCAUCGGCCCCAUUCACGAGGAGACCAUUACCGAUAUCUACUGGAACGAACUCUUCGACAUCACCAACUUCGGCCGUGACGACCGGGUCUGUGUCCCGAGUCAGAACUGGGCCGGCUACUCCAACUCCAUCGUCCGCUGGGACCCCGCAUCCAUGCGCGAAAGCUACAACAUCUUCGCUGACCUUGUCGCCAUUGAAACCUACAACACCUCCACCUUCAUCUUCGAAUCGUAUGGCCGCAAGGGCGUCCGUGACUUCCCCGAUGGCUUCAACGCUGUUCCACCGGAGGAGCGCAACAGGCACAACAUGUUGGCUGCCUUCCUGUUCUGGUCCGGUGAUGACCCGACUGAGCUCGCCGUUGCCCGCGACUUCGGAGAAAGGCUCCAAGUUGCUAGCCGCAAUGGUGACAUUGCCCACUCUUAUGUCAAUUACGCCAUGGGCGGCGAGCAGCUUCCGCAGGUGUACGGCCGUGACGUUGACCGCCUCGAGAAGCUCCAGGCCAUCAAGACAAAGUUUGAUCCUUACAACAAGUUUGGAUUUUAUGCUUCCCUCGCAGACGCUUGA